AUGAAUGUAUUAGCUCUUCGAGGAUCUUAUCAUGGUGACACCUUGGGUGCCAUGGAAGCGCAAGCACCUUCAUCUUAUACCAGUUUUCUCCAGCAGCCAUGGUACGAGUGUUUAUGUCAAACGCGCUAUAGCGCUCGCUAUGGAGCCAUAGCGAGCGCUAUAGCUUCUUGCGCUACGCUAUGGCUAUAG